AUGUUCUCAGCACUCGAAAUGACUGCGAACUCGGAUUGGCCUUCAAACGAUCACAGAGUUUCUCUUCCCGACGGCCGAUUUCGUGGUUUGUUUUGACUUUUUUUCUGGUAAUGUGACAUGUAGUAAACUGAAAAAUUUCACCACACAGCAUUUAAAAAUUAAAGUUUUUUUUGGCCGGUGGUAAUGGUCGGAAAACAAAAUGUAAUUAAAAAUCAUCUCUCUGGAAGUCACUCUUCAAUCUUUGUCAAAGUAUGGUUAUUUAAAAGCUGCUGGAUAUACGUUUUUUGGAAUCAGAUACAUCCAAUUUGCAUGCAUCGUAGUCGCAAUAAAGUUUUGGCGCCGAUUCGAAUUUAUUCCAAAAGUUUGAAUUUUCGCAAAGUUUAUCUCUAAAUUCAUUAAAAAUUUUGCAGAGCACAUUUUUUUGAGCUGUUAUUGCCUCAAAAAGUUUGAAUCCAGGAAGCGUGAAAAAAGAUUCGAAACCUCAAGAAUUUGAUUUCGCGCCAAAAACGCAUCGGUAUUUUAAGAUUUCAAACUUUUACUACAAUUCUAAAUAAGGUUUUGAAGUUUUCAAAGAGCUUUGAAACCUUUGAAAUUUUGUGGUAGGUGCUCCUUCGGAACUCCUUGAAAUUGAAAAUACCUGCUGAGAUAGACGGACUCCUGAAAAAAAAACUCUCGAAAUUGUGCAGAAAAAGUCUUCAAGAAGAUGAAAUUUUUAUUACACUCUCUCCCGGGUUUUUGGCUCAAAACUGUCUGUAAAUGUUUUAUUUCUUCGUCUUCGAGGACUCUUCUCUGGAAUGUCCAACCACAGAAGCUCACCCUAGUUCUGCGUAGUUCACGUUACAGUUUUCUAUUCAAAUUUUCGAAAAAUAUGCUUCAGUCUAAACUUUAUAUUUUCAAACCCGACAGUCAAAACAACUGAAAAAUCGCCUUAUCGGUAAGAAUUCAUGCCUAUCUUGUCCAAAGAACAAAUAUAUCCAUAACUUCAGGUGUUUCCGCUCUGAAACUUCGAAACAACAUUUUCCUGUCCUACGAAUUUCUCAUUACCUUUUUCUUGUAUGAGGCUAAACUGUUGAAAAAAACAAUUAUGAUCAAAAAAUGAAAACUUCAAAAAUCUAGAACUUUUUUUCUCAAUUUUUUGAAGUGGAUAUGGUUUCUGGCCAUUUAUUUUAAUAUAAGAAAGAAGAAGGAAUAUUCCGUUUAAUAAAAAGACAGCAGCGUCAAUUUUCGGAAAAUUUUUUCUACGGCUCGAUGAAUAUCCAUUUUUUCAAAAUUUUUCAACUUUCAAUGAGCUUAACUUGCGGUAAUUUCGACCAAAUCGAACAAAAAUGAAGUGCAAAAAAACAUGCAAAUUUCAUUAUAUAAAUCAUAGAAAUUCGUCCAAACCUAAAUUUUUUUUUCACCAAUUUGGACUUGCUGAAUGUUGUGCUGACCGUGUUCCAUUUCGGUCUACUUAUAGUCUACCGCGGCCCCGCCUCUCCGGAGCGCGCGAACUCUUGGCACCUCUGCCAUCGCGACUCGCAUACCCAGCGUUCUUUUAUUUUUAUCUAACCUCGCCUGCCUGUAUCCGCGCUCUCCACGUGCAAACCAAUCUCAGCUCGCCAUCAUCGGUGGAUUUCGUUUUUACCUUAUGAAAUCCGAGAGAUUGUAGCUUUAAGUUUAUCCCGAUUAUUCUGACAAAUUGCGAUAACCUCUGAAAAAAUUUUUUUCGAUCCGAGUAUGAAUAUUUGCAUUCAAUUUCCAAAGCCUUCGAUUGUUUCCGAAGUCGAAUGGAUGUACGAAAAGGUGGAGACAUCUCCCAUUGAGCUUCAGAAAUUUCCUUGGGGAGCCUUCCCAUUCUUCUAUUGUUCCUCUCAGCCGUUCGCCUCGAAAAAGUCAUGUUACUGUAUUUCUGAGAUCUCUUCGAACACUGAACAUUUUUUUUUCGUCAUUCUCUUUUCUCCGAUCUCAUGUAGUUGUAGUUUUAGGAUCAUAUUAAGCUUGCGAAAGCAGCUUAAACCUCGAGAGACCUUUUCUAAUUUUCGUUAAAUGGUCUUCUGUCGAGGUUGAGAAUCUCUUAUUUAUGAAUAUUUUUUUCUCUACACUUGAUCAGAAAUAAUAGUUUUUUUCUAUAGGUAUCCAUAACUUUUUGUUGAAACUUUUACUAAGGUUUUUGACCAAACCGGUAUGUUUAUAUGGCCUGUGACUUUCUAAAGAUUCCCUAAAAAAUCCUUGUUGAGAUUUAGAGCUUUUUUUGAAACAUCACAAUUUGCGUUGAAUCAACUUCGAGUUUUCAGAAGCGUUUUAAUUUUUUACUUGUUCUUUUUUUUCCGAAUAAUGCGAUAAUAUUUCAAAUUACAGGUAUGAACUUUGAUGGUCUUGGUACGCCUUCGCCUGCUUCAUCUCAGGUCUCACCGACGGUCUACGAGCCAACGACGGUAGAAUCGAAUACGAUGACAUCCCAGGCUCCCGCGCCAAACAUCAUCUACCUGAAGAACGUGUCCCACAGUCCGCAACAAGCUUGGGCUCCGGCCAAUUAUCCGCAAGUUCAUGUCAGUGGAGCUUUAGUGUUUCUGUGUGUAAAAAAAAUUUCUCGUUUCGAGCUUGAGGAAUUCGAAUUUUUUAGAAAAAACUAACGGUCUUUUCAGAGGAAAUUUUUCUGUUCACAGUUCAGUUCAUCCAAGGAAAAAAACGAAGUUACUUGUAAUUUUGCAGGGCUCUACGCCGUAUGCUCCAAUGGCAGCUGCCACGCAGCCCGAAUACAAUUACAUGCACUCGUACAAGCCGUUGGAACCGAUCCCACAGCCGCAGAACUAUUUCUGUGACUCCUAUGGGUCUUACCACGGCCAGUCACUCUAUCCCGACGCUUCCAAAACAACUCAAAGCGGCGAGUUUCCCGACCUCUGCUUGAGAUUAUCGUUCACCUCAGAGCCUUCAAAAAUUAUCUUUGCCUUUUUGAUAAGAACGAAAAAAACUUCUCACAAACUUCCUAGCAAAAGGUAGAUUUCAAAAAGAUAAAGUUUCAAAAAAAAACAUUUUUCCAUGAUUUCUUUUUUUUUCCGAUCACUUUACAUUGCUACUUUUAAUGAAAAAAAAACGCAAUAAGUCGUUACUUGCGCCUACAUUGGAUAAAAAGUGGCAGUUUUAUGAUGCUCCGAUUUACAAUGCUCGACCAGAGCGCAUUGUACCGAGAGAAAGAGCAGGAGGUGUGGCGGAGCGUCGGCUUCUAAAUCGUUUCCCGCCGAGACACUGGAGACGCCGAGCAAAAAUAAGGCGAGAGCAGGCUACGGUCCGAUGGCACAAAGCGGCGCGUUGCGCAAGCGUUCGUCUAAAUCCCCAGCGACUGUGUAGCAUCCAUUCAAUCGAUUGCGAGCCCUGUCCGAUUCCCACAGGUUCAAUCGAACGCCGCUUUUGUUUUUGCCGGUUUUCCGAGAUGGGAAGAACUGAGCCGUCGUUAAGAUGAAAGCGUCAUGAGAACAAUGCAAGAAAAGAUAUGUGACAGCUACAAAAAAAAACCAAGCUUAAACGGGAGAAACGGGAAUGAUCUGAAAAACAGGAUCUCCUUUUUGUCGAGGAGCAUUUUCAUGAAGGUUCAUUCAAGUGGCGCAUUUUAACUUGGAAGCUUAACAAGAAGUAUUUCCACUUUAAAUUCUGAAGUUUUUCGAAAAAAAAUUCUCUAGGUUUUCCUUGAAGGUUUCAAGAUCAAGCUUCCACAAAACGAAUUCAAAAAAAUUAUUAACUUUCUUCUUUGUUGAUCAUAAACAAAUCUAUCGUUAUAAUUAUUCAACUCUUUUCAGAACCGGUGUCUUCCGCGAUUUCCCCCUCCGUGACAACCAAACCGAUUACUCCAUGCAAGGUCUGUGGCGACAAGGCAAGCGGCUUCCACUACGGCGUCACCUCUUGUGAAGGCUGCAAGGUAAACUCUCCUGCUAACAUCCAGAGUAAUAGCUCGAAAUAUUUUAAAACAAUAAUUUUUUAACAAGUUUUAAAAUCGCUAAAUUUUAUUCAAACCCAACAAAUAAUCAACUUUUAAAAACUUUCUAAAUUUUUUCUUUAAUUUCCAAGGAAACGAGCUAGAGGACAACUAGGCCCUUUGAUUUAACUUUAUGAAUUCCUACUGAUAUACCGAGCAAUUCUUGUGGCUACGAAAGUUUCUAUAUCUGCGCAUAGUUUUCCAGUAAGUAAAAAGCUUUAAUUUUCCCGGUUUCGCAUCAAGUCAGCGUCCGGAGAUGUUAUAUCAAAACGGAAUAAAACAAUAGGUGUUUGAACUUUCAACAUAUUUUUGAAACCGCGUAUACUGUUAGAUUGAGCCACAACGGGUCUCCCAAAAUAGUUCCGAGAUUUCUUUCCACGCUACCUACAGUACCCACGCAGGUAGAAAAAAACUACGCAUCGAGAGUCUCUCCUGCGAUCUCGUUAUUUGCGCAUGUUUCUCUGCUCGCGUCGUCCAUCUCAAGUUAUCGUACUGCCUUGUUUCUUUCGUAGAUGGCUGUGUGUUGCGCAAUCGCAUAUAUGAGCCGCAAAUCAACAGCCAUUUUCUCCCUCUUCCUCUUUCUUGUACAAAUUUGCAUGUUGGAUGAGCACAAAACAAGUUGAGGUAGCGGCUCAGAAAAGGAAGAAUCUUGAACAAAGGCCGUAAGAUAAAGGUUCCCUCUGGUUUAUUAAAACUAACUAAGUGUUUUGGACUUUACACUAUUGAAAUACCAUGAAAGAUAAUAUAGAUACAAUUUUCAUGUAUAAAUAUUCACAAAAAUAAGUGGGGAAGAAGAUAGGCUAAGUAAGAUACAGAACUUUUACAGAAAAAAGGAAACUUUUUGGAAUAAAAACGAUUGAAAAAGGUAUAAUUCUGAGAAAAAAUACUCUAUCAAAAAAGUAAAACCGGUACCGAAUCUCAAAUAAUUGUAAAGACACCGACGAUCAGAACAACAUUAAAAAAAAAACGGAAUUCCCACAUAAAAGCCCUAGUUCUUGAAUAUUUUCAAAUCAAAACCAAAAAGGAUAUUGAUUAGUCUAUUCUGAAAAAAAUUAUGAACAAAUAAAAAAGGAAUGCAUCGAUAAUUUCGUCAAUCAACAUCAUACUUUUUGAAACAAGAGUUCUAGGUUUUCGGAUUCAAAAUGAAGUAUCAGAAAAAAUGGCGCGCCACUUAAAAACAAGAUCCGACAUGUGUUCGUCAGAGACAUGUUUUUUUCGAAGAGUAAAUUGUUCAAAUCGCCGUUCACCUCUGGAAAUAAAUGACCACAGGAAAAGAUUGAAAUUUUCGAAUUUCUCUUCGUAAUUCGAACUUGGAUUUUUCAGGGCUUUUUUCGACGGAGCAUCCAACGCAGAAUGGACUAUCGCUGUCUUAGAGACUCGCAGUGUUCCGUCAAUCGCCAAAACCGGAACCGAUGCCAAGCUUGCCGCUUCAAAAAGUGCAUUGAAGUUGGAAUGACCAGGGAAAGUAAGUUUCUUCUCGAAGGGUGUUUCCUACGUUUUCAGCGAAAGCACCGGCGAUGCGGUAUUCCAAAUCGUCUAAGAAAAAGGCAAAGACCGUCGACCACGAUCUGUCAGGCGAUUCCGAAGGCAGGAACGAAGUUUCGUCUAGUACUUCCCCUGAACCUGUCAAACUUGCUUCUGAGUACUAUGUGGUAAGUUUGUUGCUAGUUUUUAAUUUUUGGAUCUCAACAAAAAAUUGCAUACUUGUGGAACUUUUUAAAAGAUUGUAAAAAUGUGCUGUAUCAUUAAAAAUUUUUCAGCUUCAGGAUAGUUUUAAUUUGAAAAUGGUCUCUAUCUCAGAAUAGGAAGAUAAAUUGAACUAGGUUCGAACGUCCUAUCUGCAAUGAUUAUUCUUUCAGGCGAUUCAAACUCUGAUAGUAGCUCACGAAGAAGACACGACAAAAACGAACUUCAAUCUGGUGAACAUGGAACAUACCCUUCUCGAUAUGGUAGCGAAAAAGUUGAUUUUCUAGCGAAACGCUGUGAAUUUUAGGGUUUCGCGGCUGACUGGAACUUGACACAGAAACGACUGAGUAGUUGGCAGACGUUUUCUACGCAGACGGUCUCCGAGUACCAGACUGCAGUGGACCUUGCCAAGAAGAUUCCAGGCUUCUCGUUUCUCAACUCCGAAGACCAGCUUGUACUAAUUAAGGUGAGAACAGGUGACUGGACUAUUGCGCGAUAGCGACAUCUCACAAACAAAGCGCCGCCCGCCGCUCCACUGCAGCCGCUCAUUAGAGCAAGAUUAGGACUUGGUACGUCCGAAUCCGCUGAAUAAUUAGAGGAUUUAUCUAAGAUGGGAAUCAACGGAGUUUCCAUGAAAUAUGAAACUUGCACUACGCAGUUUUCUUGCUGAAAAAAACCCCACCUUAUAGAAAAAGCUUCCCAAAGCUUGAAGUACAUAAUGAAAAAAAUCCUUCAAAAAAAUUCUUUUUGAAAGAUCCGAUUUCUAAGCGGUUUAUUUUCAAAGUUCUGAUUUGGAGCUGCUCUUGAUAACUGAUAUUUUCUCAGUUUCACUGCUUUCCUGAACUUUUAUAUUGAUUUUAUUAGUUCAAUUUUUGCUAUUUCCCCUUGAAAAUCUAAGCUAGAAAAGCCAAAUUAUAGCUCUUCAAAAGCACAUGAAAGAUCAUAGUCUUGUAAGAAAAACGAUAGUUCAAAGUCAAGUUGAAAAACUUUCAGAAAUCGAUGUUUCCGGUGUUUUUGGUCCGAGCGGCUCAGCGACUAUCAACUGACGGAUUUUUGCUAACAAAUGGAUUUUUCGUCGACAAGAGCUGUUUGGAUCUGCUUUACGGAAACUUGGCGGACCGAUUGAUUGACUUUGUGCAAAAGCUGAUUUCUCUCGGUUUGGGCCACGAGGGGAAGGCAGUGUUAAUCUCCGCUCUUUUCACACGGACCGGUAAGACUUUCGAUAUAUUAUCUUCCUCAUUUUCUGUGUUUUCAGAAGCAAACACGUACUACCAUUCUGCCAUCGAAAUAAGUAGAAUCCAUGAAAAGUCGCUAGAGUAUUUGAAAGGUCUUCUCAAAAAUGACGCCGUCUACGAUCGCGUUAUGAGCGUCUGUGGGGAAUUGGCCGAAAUCAGUAAAUCUCAAAAAAGUUUUCACGUUCACCAUGAUUUGUUUUAGACGCUCUUCUCGACAUUGAAAUGGAGUUUCUCCGCUUCAACGUUCAUCAAGUCUGCCUUCCGGAACUUUUUGCGGAAAUUCACAACAUCAACUACGGAAUGGUCCCAACUUAUACCACAGAGGUUGAAAUUCAAAACUGAUUUCUAUAAAAAGGUUUCUUUACAGCAAUUUCAAUAUGACCAGCCUUACCUCCAGUGCUAA